UGUUAAACGCACAAGGGGGAAAUGCAGGGGGAAGUCAGGGAGAUGGGAGAGUGUUCCAGCAAGGGACAACCCCAGUUGGUUCGCAGGGCGGAGGGCAAAGAAUCCCCGAGGGUGCACAACAACGGGCAGGUGGGUCCAAGGAAGGAACAGGGGGGGCCGGGGUGGCCCAAGCAUGGAGUUGGACGGGAACAGGAACAGGGCAAGAGUAGCAGGGAAGCAAAGAAGGCUCAGCAUGACAUCUCAGCCGGAGCUAACCCUAGAACCUUCCGGAACCUCGAGAGUAUCAAGGAGCGGCUCCGAGAAAUCGGUUGGGCAAGACUUCGAUCUGGGAACUCCUGGAAAGAAGACGACGAGGGAUCGAAGGUUAGUCUCAGCACGAGACCAGGCCCUGGAAAUGCCGCAGUGCCUGGUACCUCUGGUCUGCACCGCAUUCAGGAAUGCGCUAUGGGUGGUCGCGUGGCAGAAAGGAUUAGGGCCGAUGCAAAUUUUCAGCCAAACGGUAACGGAGAUGCCGACAACGGUGAAAGUUGAAAACUGCCUGAAGAUGCUCUAUCUUGACUCCUUUCUCAUGAGGCUCAUUCCGGAUGUACUAGUGAUGCCAAGAAUCCUCUUCGGGCCAGCUGAAAGUAAAAUCAAGUUCUUCACUCCGUUGGUGGAUGCAAGGAUAUCAGAGCAAAAGGUAGCGGAAUUGGAACUGCAAGGGAUGAGAUUACUCCCCAUGAGUUUGUUCACAGAGGCCAAAAAGCACGAGCUGGCGAAAUUCAUGAUCUCACCGAUUAUGGUAACGGCCGAUGCUAUUGGGAAACUGAAGUUAAGGCUGCCCAAGGAUAAGAAGAUGGAAUCCAACUUCCUCAAGUCAGCGCUAACGCAAAGCUGGCCAGUGGAGAGAACAACACUUACUCCAAUCCAAAGACAACAUGGAGUAGGGUUGGGGCAUGGGUAGAAUUAAGAUGGCCUCGUGGAACCUGCAGGGUUUUGGUGAUACAUAUGGAAGAAGCAAGCGUGCGAGGUAAAAAAGUGGCUACACGA